UGUGUACAGGAGUGUAACGUCAACAGUAAAAGCCCUCCAGCCCUCCGGGUCGUGUUAAUACCACGGUCGAAGUGAUCACCCCAGCUUAUACCCUAUACGAGAGCAAUAUUAGAAUACAAUGAAGCGAGCUUCCAAAUCCAGUACGCGGGUUCGAACUACUUGGCCUUUUUAUUCCAAAACCGGCAAGUGCGCGAGUUUCAGCGUGAGAGGCUGGAACCUCCAGGAUGCCAGGGGUGUGGAAGUUGCUACGCAUGCUGAUCUACAUGAUGGCUGGCCUGAGGAACGUCAGUAGCAACGGCGAUAUCUGGCCAUUGGAAAGGCCCGAGGGUAUGCCAGCAAUCCAAUCUCUAGAAGUAAUGUGCGGUAAGGACCACAUGGACGUACAUUUAUCGUUCUCCCAGCCUUUCGAGGGUAUCGUGUCCUCCAAGGGUCAACACGCUGAUCCCCGUUGCGUUUACGUCCCUCCAUCUACGGGCCAAACAUUUUUUUCAUUUCGGAUAGCAUACGCGAGGUGCGGCACGAAGCCGGACAUGCACGGUCAAUUCUAUGAGAACACGGUUGUUGUACAAUACGACAAGGAUCUUCUCGAAGUGUGGGACGAGGCGAAACGUCUGAGAUGCGAGUGGUUCAACGAUUACGAGAAAACGGCGUCGAAACCACCGAUGGUUAUAGCCGAUCUCGACGUUAUACAAUUGGACUUUAGAGGCGACAACGUCGAUUGCUGGAUGGAAAUUCAACAUGGCAAGGGACCUUGGGCACCACCGGUUUCUGGUAUCGUUCCGUUGGGCUCAACCCUCACACUCGUCGUCGCCAUCAAUGAUUACAGAGGAGAAUUCGACAUGCGUGUGAAAUCUUGUGUCGCAUCUGACGGAGGUGGUCACACGAUACAACUGAGCGACGAAUUGGGCUGUGUCCUCAGGCCGAAAAUGAUCAGUCGUUUUCUCAAAGCUCGUGGUUCGGACGAUCGCGCUACCGUCAUAACGUACGCGUUCUUCCACGCGUUCAAGUUUCCCGAUGCAUUGAGCGUUCACAUCAAAUGCAAAGUCGAAAUUUGUCGACACGGCUGUCUCGACCACUGCCAGCUCAGCGACAACGCCGGACAUUUCAUCCAAGAUCGCAAGGAUCAGCAGCAAGAACAUCAGGAACACCAGGUCCGACCUCUGUACCCACCGACCACGGUACCUUCGACGACUCAAGAUGACGAUACAUCGCUGUACGAGGAUAUCAUCCAAAAUGGCGAUGAGAUGGCCUCGAUAGGGGGCCACUUUCUUGGCGUCGAAAAAUCGGCUCCCAAAGCCCAAGCGCAAAUGAGCAAUCGCCUCUCUUCCACUUCCGGCGACAAUCAACAGCACGAGGAUUCUCGUCCCGACGAUCCGGAUUUGACUCAUCCGUUCUUGCAGGAACCACCGAGAGUCACGAGAUACGAGAGCGAAGAGCAAUUCCCCCACGGGCCUCGUAAUCUGGAGGAGGACGUAACUGGAACGCCCUCGUUAUCGGGUUCGCGGCGAAGGAAACGUUCGAUGAUAAUAUCCGACCGUAAAGUGCGUAGCGCGGAUGUUGGAGUUAGUGGGAUAUACGAGGUCAUAUCGGAGGCCGAUUUGGCUUUCAGUCCGGACAGUCACGCGGAGGCGGUUACAGUUUUCCAGGGUAGGAUACGGGAGGAGGUCGUUUACGGUAUUUGUUUGCCGAUGCCAGGUUUCAGUGCUCUCUUCAUAGUCGUUGCACUUUCGGCAGUUGUUUCGGCCCUCGUUGCGGGCGCGAUGUUGCAUCGAUUACAAACGCAGCGAGAGGUCGCGACGACCAAUAGAAAAAAUGGUACGGUACCGGUAGCCGGUGUUAACGGUUGGUUGCCUUACGGCUUGUUGCGCGUACGUUGUCCCGACAGACCACAACAACGGCUCCAAAAGCAGGAACAGGAAGUCGUUGAUGCGAGUCCGGUUGAGCGAGGCUGAGAUGCCGAUCACCCGUAAGAUAACGCGUUAAGAAUGUCUACAUGAACAACCCCGCCGGCGACUUGUCCUAAUGGAAAUACAGUAACUUCUAGUUAUCCUCUCGCUCUAUUCUUUUAUUUUCCUCUUUUAUUCGCGACUCCAAUUAUCCACGCAGCAUUGUAAAAAUUUGAGUCCGGAGGAUAACGAGAAAUUGCUGUAUUCGUCACGCGCAAUAUGCGUUGUGCGAUCAUGUUUCGCGACUUGAGUGUUAUCUGGGUCAGUGGAAAUGUGUCGAAUUAUCUUCGUCGAUGAUUCACGAGCGUUGUACUCGGCCAUUGUUUCGUAGCCGGAAGAGGCCGCGGCUCUAUUCGAAUUGUCAAUUUUUCGUUGCACCAUCUGAUGGAGCAUCUCAAAAAUAAUAUAAAAAUUGUUAACCAAACGACGGACUCCGCCGAACCCGUGCGGUUUCAUAUCCAAUGGCGUGACUCAAACGAGCGGUUACUCAAACAUGAAAAGCCGUGCGAAGGUCAUUGGACAUACACGGAGCAGUUACCCCAGUGGUCGUUGAACCCAAAACGAUUGUACGCCAAGUUAUUGAACUAGCAAAAAUUAUAUGACGCGUCACUUAACACAAGAUAGUCUAAUAACCGGUUGCUUAACGGAUAUCCAUCAGCGUAUCAUUGCCAGCGCGAAAUUGACUGUCAGAGCCAUGAAACGAUAGUGACCGUAAUUUUAGAGUGGAAUUACUGCUCGUGUCGACAGGAGUAUUAGAAAAACUUAAAAAAAAUGGAGAAAAAGACGAUUAGAUAAAGUGACAGGCAUUCGGUCAUUCAUUCUUCGCGUUAUCUUGCAACAGUGGUCACAACUCAGUGUGGUGAACUUACCAUGAGAUGACCCACGAUCGGACGAAAAAUUUUGAAAACGACAAUUCUUGCAACGCGCCAAAUACCGUGAGAGAGAGACACAUAGUGCAAUACCCUGUACAAAGUACCGUAAGUGCGUUUGUAGAAGCAAAAUACCGUGGAGUUUCCAUUAUUUUCUGUUACUCCCUUUCUUUCUCGUUUCGUUUUAUAAUACAGCCUUAAUCGCACGCGUACCUUAUUUUUGAUAGAUGAAAAUUCUCAAAAAUUUCAAUGAACCGGUACAAUGAAAGUGAGUGCAAAAAUAAUUAGAGAAACUAAUGAAAAUGGAGAUUUGAACCUCAAGCCACUCCCAGGAGAAGGUCAGGUACUUUGUAUUAUUAAGAAUAUUAUUAACUUUAUCGAUAUUAUUAUUAUUAUUAUUAUUAUAUAUUAUAAUAUUGUUAUUACUAUUUAAUGUCACCGAUACGUGUCAGAGGGCUGAGCCAGAAUUCAGAACUCAUUAUUAUUAUUAUUAUUAUCAUUAUUAUUAUUAUUAUUAUUAUUAUUAUUAUUAUUAUUAUUAUGAUUAUUAUUAUUAUUAUUAUUAUUAUUAUUAUUAUCAAUUAUAUUUUAUUACGAUUAAUUAUCAUACCAAUAUUGUAAUAAUUAUUAUUACUAUUUCAUUCGGGCAGACGUGGUACAGUAGACGUAAUGUUAGGCCUUCCUCAAUCCCUGUUGAGUUAGUAUUCAACACGAAGGAAAAAAAGCGAUAAGCUCGUUUACCUGCCACUCCUACCCGAUGUACGUAAGUUCUAUUAGGGCUAUUAUUAAAGUUAUUAAUCGUUCACGAUACAUAAUUGCGUAUGUGGAACGGUGGUGUUCGGUCCAUUACUGCUAUGGAUUGGACCUCAUGAUUAUUUGAAUACCAACAAUAGAAGAGUACGACUACAAACCUUGUAAUAUCAAUUUUGAGAAACUUACCUGUAUGGUAAAAAUGAAUGAUAUCCGGUUAGUUUCAAGAUAUUAUGUAAUGUUUUAGUAUUAAAAAUUCGUCAACGAUCGCGAAGAGCGAUAAAAUUUUCUUUCCUUCCCACAUCGACGCAAUGCCUUUGCAUACACUCUGUUUCUUUCGUUAUUCAUGAAAAUAAAAUCGAAGUUCAAUUUAUCGUUAGGUACAUCGGUAAUAAACGUAAAAAAUGAGGAUGGUUUUAUUUUGUCUAUUCGCAAUGGGAGUCUUCAUGGUUCUAUUUCAUCAUAAAAAUUUCCUUGAACUUUCAUUCUUACUUGAUUCGUAGAUCCAUUAGGCAAUAAUAGUUGUAAUAAUAUAUUUCACCUCAUGUUGAUCCAUACAUUUUCGAUCGUUAGGCUUGUCCGAUGGUACUCAACACGUUUUGCUAUGCUUAUCGCUAAUAGCGAGAAACAAUUCCAUUCUUUUCAGUUUGAUAUCGUUUAUUGUAUAUUUUAUGUAUCUAUGUGGAAUGUUAUAAUAAAAAUUCGAUUCAAGCGAUCCUGA